GAACGUGAAGGCAAAUAUUGGAGGGAAAGAGUCGAGAAUCUUAAGAUCGAGAUUUAGUUGGAUGAACAGAAAUUUGUAGGGUUCGGUUCCUUUCAUCAUGAAUUCUGUAAGCACAAAAUCUACGGCGGUGCUUUAUCACUAUCCAUGUCCCGACGGCGCGUUCGCCGCUCUCGCCGCGCAUCUCUACUUCUCCGCCGCUUCUCUACCCCCUCUCUUUUUCCCCAAUACCGUCUACAAUCCCCUCAGAACGGACCAGCUUCCCCUGCAUCAAAUUGACGACGUUUAUCUUUUGGAUUUUGUGGGGCCGUUUGGAUUUGUUGAGGACCUAUCUUCUAAAGUUAACAGAGUGAUAAUACUGGACCACCACAAGACGGCUCUUGAAAAGCUCAGCGAUGAGUCUUCAUUUGGUGAAAACGUGACUAAAGUUAUAGAUAUUCAAAGAAGUGGAGCUACAAUAGCUUUUGACUAUUUCAAGCAAAAGCUAACACAAGAUGCUCACGGGAAUUUUGACGUUGGUUCUUCCCAUUACAAAGUGCUAAAUGAAUUUGAGCGCAUGAGGAGACUUUAUGAAUACAUUGAGGAUGGCGAUCUUUGGAAGUGGAGUCUUCCAAAUAGUAAAGCUCUUAGCAGUGGUUUCAAAGAUUUGAAUAUUGAAUAUGAUACCCUUUUGAAUCCUAACUUAUUUGAUCAGUUACUAUCUCUGGAUAUGGAGACUAUGAUUAGUCGAGGGAUAGCAAGUUUAGCACACAAACAAAAAUUAAUAGAGGAUGCUCUUUAUCAAUCGUAUAGCAUUACACUCGGUGGUGGAGCUUUUGGACGUUGUCUGGCUGUUGAUGCAGAUUCUAUUUCAGAACUAAGGAGUGAAUUAGGACACCAAUUGGCUACUAAGAGUCAAAAUUCAAAUUUAAGAGGCAUUGGGGCUGUUGUAUACCGAGUCCCGGCACUUGGGAAUGACCAGAUGUUGAAAAUAAGUCUCAGAAGUGUUCGUGACGAGGACACAACUCGUAUCUCACAGGAAUUCGGAGGUGGGGGCCAUAAAAAUGCGAGCUCCUUCAUGUUAAGCUCAACAGAAUUCCAGAAGUGGAAGAUUUGAAUGAUGCACACAAGUAGUUGCAGUCAUGAAGUAACUUAAUGGGACUGAUUUCAUCUUUUUAUUCAAGGCAAUGUUAUAGCCAUGUGACAUAGCAGCAGCCAGCAUCUGUGAAGAUUGCUCAUUAUAACCCUUCCCUCAUCUCAAAGAUUUCAUCCGGGCGGGAUAUGAAAUAAUGUUAAUUUCUGAACUUAUAAGUGGAAUGAAUAAGUUGUUCUCAAAGAUUUCGGCAGCGUUUGAGAUGGCUCGACCGUGAGGCAAUCUUGUGAAACUGGAGUAUGGUUUCCUGUGAACUGCUUGUAGAUAAUAUGGAUGGCUUUAUAAAAUUGAAAAAAAGGGAAAGGAAUCUGUAUA